AUUUGCAAACAACGCAAACUAAACGGUUACAUUACAGUCAGCAAAAAGGCAAAAAUAAACAAACAUUGGCGCUUCUCUCGAGGACCUCUAUCCACCACUCGUUGCUAUCAAGUUGUGAAACAGUUCUUCAGUGCGGUCAUGUGACACUUUCAGGACUUUCUUAAGUAACAAAUCAUAUUUAAACUUCUUGUUUCUAUGUGUGCAAGUAAAUACUCAGCGACCACUGCAAAACGAUUAGGGACUAACCCAUGAGACUCUCAAAGCCCAAGCAUGAACCAGGGGAGCGGUGCUUGUUUGUGGACCCCAGUGCCGCAGCACUGCCCCGCACCAUGUGAUCGUUACAAGCAUGCUUCUUGUGCCCACAAAGGACAUGUUUACUUACUAGGUGGUCGAGAAAAAUGCUCACUGAGAGAUUUCUGGAAAUAUAAUGUGGUCUGUAAUGAGUGGGCCGAGCUUCCUUGCAAUAGUGAAGAAGCACCUGAAGAACUGGAGGAGCACACCAUGGUAGCACAUCAGGAAUUUCUCUAUGUCUUCGGAGGAAUGCAAGAUUCAUCGUAUACUAACUCAAAAAUUCCCCUUUGGGUGUUUGAUAUAGUUAAAGAGUGCUGGAUUAACUGGAAAACAGGAAGUGAAACUUUACAGGGAGUGACACCAGCAAACAGAAAAGGGCACAGUGCUGUCACCUUUGGGUCGUCUAUGUAUGUCUACGGUGGAUACAUUGAUAUAAGAGGAUCAACAAAGGAAUUCUGGAAAUUUGAUUUUGAUUCCAGGAUGUGGUCGCUACUGAGCAGUGCACAAGGUGGGCCUGGUCCCAGACAUGGUCACUCAGCUAUGACAUUCCAGGACUGUAUGUACCUCUUCGGUGGCUUGCAGGGCUUGAGGGAACAGAAGGACCUGUGGAGCUGGAGUUCUGCCAGUCAAACCUGGAGCUGCAUCAAAUUCCAUUCAGGUCCCUCCAGGCUGGUUGGUCACUCUGCUGUAUUGUUCAAAGACAGCAUGCUCAUCUUUGGUGGAGGGGAAACCCAGAGUUCCCCUCAGAACAGCUUGUGGAGGUUCAGCCUGAAAACACAGACCUGGAAGAAGCUAGCAUUGUUGCCUGGAUCUGCCUCUCUGUGCCGGAUCCAUCACUGCAGCAUUGGCAUGGGCCAGAGUUUCCAGCCAACAGCACCAAACGGCAUCUUUUUCAGGGAAAUACCCAACUCUUACAACAUCAAUAACAAGCUAAGACCGUUUAAGAACAAGUGCCAACCGUCCCGCAGCACAAUGCAAGAGCCCUGUAUUGAGCUCCAGACUUUCCACAUGGACAAUAAGAAGUGUUUGCCAGAUUUGAGUACUGCACUGAAAGACACUAAGCUAAAAGGAAGCUGUCUCACCUUUGAGAAUCAGGAGGCCCUUCGCGAGAAGCAGAGUAGUGGUGACUUGACAGAGGAAAACGAGGAUGCCAUGUUUCUCCAUAUGCCUGACUUGCUGUUAGUCCUGGGUGGUAAACCUCUACAAGGACAGCAUAUGAUUUCAGUGUGGCAUAUGACAGUGGCAUAAAUCUGAUGUUUUCAGUGCAUUCUACUUUCUCUGUGAGAAAUGAAAGAGCCUUAGCAACAAUACCCAUAUCCUUGUGGGAGAACGUUUGCAUUAAAAUUGAAUUCAGUCAUGUACAAACUCUUUACAGUGAAGUUGUCAUUUUGUAUGGCACAAUACUUUCUCCUCCAUUUGAUAUGCAUAGACAAUAAUCGACAACUAUAAGUUACAUAUUUACAGAUUGAUUUCCCUAAAGAGUACUGGGGCUCUGAGGUACUAUCAGAAUAUUGCUCUGUACAGUUUCAUUGACACAGAAUGCGAUGUUUCUUGAUUGUGAUUCACAGUUACUCUGAAAAAAACACCAAUAUAGGGCUUUUAAAGGUGCAGUGGGUAAAUUUUAGCGCCAUAUAUUGGUGAGUUUGCGAAUUACAAUAUAGAGAAGCUACGGUGGCCAACACAGGACAAAGAUGUCAUCGUCUGAGACAGCAGAGAGUAGCCAGUCAUGCAAACGCGCUCUGUAGAGCAGUUUGUCCAUUUAGGGCUACUGUAGAAACAUGCCGGUGCAAAAUGGCGACUUAACAUGUAAGGGGACUCACGGUGUAUGUAGAUAGAAAUGGCUCAUUCUAUGGUAAUGAAAACAUAACAGUUCAUUAUGUAAGGUCUUUAUACAUCACUGAAAACAUAGUUAUGUAUAUUAUAUUGAAUUUCUGUCAGUCCUCAUAAAAAUUUACACACUGUACCUUUUUGUUUCUGUAAGAGCUGUACUACAUUGGUUAACCUUAUUAUUUUACUGUGUAUCAAAGUUUUAUAUGAAAGAAUCUUGACUAAAUGUGAAAUAUCUGUCAAAACUGCCCAUCUGAAUUUUAUUAUAUGUUAGUAAUCAAUCCAAACAUUGUCACAUUUUGUAAUUUGCUCUGUGUUUUCUUAGAUCCAUGGACUUUACUGGCAGAACAGUGGCAUCAUGCAAUCUUUGCACAUUUAUUUCCUUGCCUUCACAUUGUUUCAAGAUUGCUGCACUUAAAUGAUUUAAUAAGUAAUGCAUUACAUGAGUAAUGUGCAAUCCAUUCUCAACAAUUAAAAUCUGUUACAGCA